GCUGAGGUGGACAUGGGGGCGGUGGGAUCUGCAGGCACUGCUCACUCUGCAGGGCAGGGCCCCGGGCUGGGGGCAGCUCUUGGGCGCAGACCCUCUGGAGGCCAUGCAAUAGCCCCUGGGGUCAGUGCUGUCCAGCAGUACCAGUCUUGUGCCACCUUCCCCAGACUGACUUGAGCUGUGGAGUGUCCCUGUCCCUUUUAAAUCCUUCUACCAUACCCCAGCCUUUCUCUGGGGGUGUCUUUUCUCUGACAAAGCAAGAGAAAGACAGAGACUCCCAGCCCACGUGUCCCACUGACCACUCAUCAGUCCGGGGACUGCCUGUCCCGGUGGUUCUGUGCCCUCCUGGCAGCUUCCACGUGCUGCUGACAGCAGGAGGGAGGACCAUGGGACCAUGGGACCGUGGACCGCGGGUUGACAAAAACAUCACGGACACCCAGGACCCUUGCUGUUGUCACUGCUCUCAGUCCUGCUGUAGCUGAUUUCAGGUCUCAGGCCCCUUUGUCCCAGGGCCUCUGGCCACAUUCCCCUCUCAGGCUACUUCCUCACAUUGUCCCGGCCCCGCGGAGUGUAAAACCAGCUGGGCACAGGGGAAGCCAUGCUUUCCUGGAAGCAGCCUCUGGAAGCAGCCUCUGGCACAGGCAGCCCACACUAGGCAGAGUGGUGAGCACUGCCUGGGCUUCCAUGUGCCACCGAACAGUCCCAGCCAGGCGGGGGACAUCACUGUGGGAAGGCUGGUGGGCAACUAGCCGUGGCCACCCUGUGCCCAGUGGUUCCUUUGGCCAAGAUGCGGCAAUGUUGGGCUGCCAGGACUGGCUGUGUCUGCCAGGUUGCCAUGCCAGGCUUCCUGAGGCUCUCAGAAAAGAUUUGUGGCUGGAGUUUUGCUGGGAAGCAUGGGAGAGUGAGGGUUGCAGUAUAAGGAGGCUGUCAGGCUCCCAGGGAGCCACAGCAGGGCUGGGAGAGGGCUCUGGGCGCUGAUCCUUCUGCCCAUGGUGGAGGGCUUGGUGCAGGAAUCUGGGUGCAGCCAGACUCUGGGGCUCCUGAGUGCCUGCGCCAGUGCUGCUGCUCUGGCCGUGGGAGCAGUGGAUCUCAGCCCCUUGUCAGGGAGCAGCCUGAGUCCACCUUGGCUGGCAUGGUCCCGGGUCAAGCCCUGCUGCCAGCACAGCUGCGGGCGGUUCCCAUCCCCACAGCACGGGUGAAUGGCACAGUGGGCUCCUCCUGGGCCAGGCUCGCUGGCCAAAUCCUGCAGCACACACACUUCCCCUCCUGCCAAAACUCCCUGACCAGGGCCCAUCGCACUGCUGGGACUGAAUGUCCUUGCACACUGCAGCUCUGAGUCCCGCCAAUGGACAGGGACGUUAUUGACUGGUUUGCUGCUAGUGGUUUUCGUAGAAACCUCACCAGCUUCCUCCCCAUGAGCUGAGGGACCCUAGCUGCCAAAUCUGCCCUGCCACCAGCAACUUCUGCAGUGCCCUUAUCUCCCAUCAGUACAAAAAGCAGCUGAUUCCUUGUAAGACAAGGAGCUUGGAAGAGCCGAAAACCUCAGGCAGAUCCGGUGUAUCGAGACAGUGUUGUUUCUCAGCACCUCUGGUCCUGCUGGGCACCUGCAUGGGAGCAUGGGGAUGUGCUGGCAUGGCCCAGCUGGGGUCUGCGCAUGGCACCCCUGAAAGGCUUCCCGCCCCUCUGGCCUCAACCACCAGCAGGUCAGACACCUGUGCAGGUGGCCCUGCCUCGCUGGGGGAUUGAAGCUGUGCCACCAGACAUGUGACAGUGGGAGGUGUCCUGGAGAGUGUCAGAUUUGGAGAGGGAUAGUCUCUUGGCUUCCCCAGUGAGGGCUCAUCCCAUGCACAGCGUGUACAAGCGGCACACGGGGCAAGCCUGCUCAGUGAGCACCGCUGCCUUGUGGCAUUGGGCCUGGGGGUGUCAGCAGGGGGUCGCUUCAGGAUUUCAUUCAGACCUGGGUGGACAUCCGGCCCUGGGGCUGCCGUGCUCGCGACGCGGCUCCACAUCCCGCAGGGAGCUGGUCGGGCAGGUCCGGUUCGGCAGGGGGUGAGCUUGGGACAGGAGGUGUUUCAGCGGCCGCUGCCAGCUCCCUCUGUGUGCUCUUUUCACUUCCUCUCCGCUCGCCGUGGAGCAGCAUGCGCCUGGCUCAUACCACGGGAAUGUCCCCAAGCCGCACGCGCCGGCAACGAGCAGUCCAGGACCGAGGGCAGGCCGCGGCACUCGCUUGAAGCUGGUGGCGCGCGGUCCCGGCACUGCGGCACACGGCUCCGGCCGGCGGGCUCGGGGUGCUGUCGGGAUCAGUGUCGGCCCCCAGGUUCACUGCCCUCGCCCUCCGGCGUGCUCGGUGCUCCGGGCCCGCAGCGGCAGCUGCCGCUGUGCCUGUACCCGUUGCCAUGGCUGCUCUGCUGAUGGCGCAUCGCCUGCUGCUGCCGUUACAUCAUUCCUGACAGUGCUCCACGCUGGCAGAGGGUCCGAGCGGCUCCAGACGUGCCCCCGGCACCUCCUGCACGUGGGGAGCGAGCCUGAGAGGGAGAAGUUUGGCAGUGAAUUCGAGCGAAAGGCAUCGUUUCACAGGAGCUUCAGCCUGGAUUGAAACAGCUCUGAUGGCUCUGUCAAAUAUCUCCUUGUGGAUUCGGGAUGCCUGGGCUGUGGCCACCUCUAACCUGGACCUCGAGAGCAAGAAAGCCGCCCCCGCCAAGCUGCCAUGGCAGCAGCCUGUGAACGUCUUCCUGGCAGCUGGGCGCCCACCGGGCAUGGAGCAGCUGCACCAGGAGGCCCAGCUCAACCUCCAGAGCUUGCUGCAAGAGGAGUAUGAGGAGCAGUACACCGAGAGCAGGGUCACUGGGCAGACCUUCCGCGCUGCUGGUCACCUGCCCCCCGACACCUCCCCGGAACCAUCACCUCGACCCCCACCUGCCAAGCGCCUUGAGUUCGUGCUUAUGCCCCCGAGCCAGCGAGCGGCUGAAGAGGAGACCACCAGCAGCAGUGUUCUCAGUGCUCGGCCUCCUGACACCUCCCUGAGCCUCCCCACCAGCCCGGACAAGCAGCCCCCCUGGCCCACGGCCUUCCCCUUGCCCCCCGAGGAGGAGAAGCAGUGGCACCAGCCCAGCUCCAUCCAGACCAACAUUGUCCCCAUCAAUGUCUCUGGGCAGCACUUUGCUAGGCACGCGAGUGCUCGUCACUCCCUGUUUAACACAGAGACUGCGAUGAACCCAAAGUCCACCCUGCGGCGUAGACGGACCAUUAUUGGAUUCCCUAACCUGUCCCUGCGAGACCAAGGCAGCGCCAACGGCCCCACAUCCAGCACACACACGCCCAUCAGUGAGUCGGUGUCCUGCAGCUUUGUGCCUGAGACCACGAGCAGGGGGACAACGCCCCAGGAGAUCAGCCCUCGUCCGCCCCUCUCAGCCCCACUGAGGAAGACCUUCAGUGACCUUGGAGCCCGCUGCUGCCAGCCACUUGCUGCCAUGGAUGGGGCAGCCAACCCCUGUGCCGGUGCCUGCAAUGGGACACAGGGAACCCCUUUUUCUCCGCCCUGGACACCCCUGGGUUAUGGAAGCCCCCCCAGCCUUACCACUGGCCCAGGCAAGGGGCCCACCUGCACCUCGCCGGGCAGCUUCCUCCCAUCGCCCAGCCCAGGUUCACCCGCCGCCUCCACCUCCUUCUUCAUCGCCACAGAAGAGCGCAUGGGCAGCAAUGGGCCCAGCUUUUUCUCUGGCCCAGUGCCUGCUUCCCCCCACAGCUCCGGGUGCAUCCAGGGAGCCAAGAGGAAUUUCUUGCCAGGAAGCCGAGAGGAGCUGGAGCCAGCGGCCGGGCCAGCGCAGCUGGAGGUAGAGCGGGCAGGGUGCCGGUUCCGUGAGCGGUCACUGUCAGUGCCCACUGACUCGGGGUCCCUCUGCUCCGUGGACAUCGCAUAUGCUGAGACACGGCGGGGCAGCGCCAACUAUGCCCUGGGCUACCCCAGCGCCAGCUCCGAGGGCAGCACCAGCACCGACAACAUCUCCCUGGGGCUGGAGCCUGAGGGGCAGCAGCGGCGGCGGCGCUCCAAGAGCAUCUCCCUGAAGAAGGCCAAGAAGAAGCCCUUGCCACCCACACGCAGCAUCUCACUGAUCAAAGAGGGGCAGGACGGUGAUGUGGGGCUUAGUGCGGCACUGCCCAAGGACCAGCGGCCCAAGAGUCUGUGCAUCCCACCAGAGCUCCAGGGUCACCGGCUGGUGCACUCCGACCCCCAGGAGAGUGCAAGCAGGGAGCCCAACAGCACAGCUGCCCCCCACCAGUGGCAUCUCACGGACUGGAGGGCCGGCAGUGAUCCCUACCAGUCCCUCUCUGGCUCAAGCACAACCACAGGGACCACGGCUGUUGAGUGUGCCAAGACACGGGGCAGCUCUGAGUCCCUCGUGUCCCCUUCAGUCUCCAGGGCCACGACGCCCUCCCAGCUCUCUGCCGAGGCAGACCUCAAGACCUCCUCGCCAGGCAGACCCACAGGGCUGAUGUCCCCAUCCAGCGGGUACUCCAGUCAGUCAGAGACCCCAACCCCCACCGUACCCACCUCCACCAUCCUCGGGCACUCCCCGCACCAGGUGCGUGUGAGGCCACUGGUCCCCGAGAGGAAAUCCUCUCUGCCCCCCACAUCCCCCAUGGAGAGGAGCCCCAAGGGCAGGCUGUCCUUCGACCUCCCACUGACUCCACCCGCCCACCUUGACCUCUCAGGGCUGAAGAUCUCCCUGAAGGGGAAGACUAAGGUCAGCCGGCACCACUCUGACUCCACCUUUGGCACCAAGCUGGCCCAGAAGACCAGUCCCAUCACACCCAUCAUGCCCGUGGUGACACAGUCCGACCUGCGCUCUGUGCGCCUCCGCUCCAUCAGCCGCUCAGAGCCAGAGGACAAUGCUGAUGGCCCAGAGCACGCAGAGGAGCCAGCACACAUCCCCUGCCCAGGGCCGGAGAGAAAAGUGAAGCCACCUGUGGCAGAGAAGCCACCACUGGCCAGGCGCCCCCCGUGCAUCCUGCCCAAGCCCCCAGUUCUGCGGGAGGAGGGUCCCCUGUCCCCCAAAUCCCCACCAGGCACUACCGCCAAGGAGAAGGGGCUAGCGCAGGAUGCCUUUGUGGUGCUGCGGAGAGGGGAGCUGCGGAGGGGUCUGGGGGAGCCCCACUUGUCCCUGACCCCAACGGGGCCCCGGCGGCUCUCGCAGGGCAGCCUGGACGAGCUGCGGCCAGAGCGGAGCGGUGCCGAGGGGGAGCGCAGGAAGGCCAAGGUGCCCCCACCAGUGCCCAAAAAGCCCAGCGUGCUGUACCUGCCACUCAUCCCAGCCCCAGCACAGCUGGGAGCUGGCAUGGGGGACCUGCCACCCACCCCCAGCCCCAUCAUCACCCUGGACACUGACCCCACCUGCUGCGACCCUGACGCUGAGGAUCCGCCAUCCCCCAAGGCUGUGGGCACCACGCCUGCCAGCGAGCCUGCCUCAGAGCAAGGCAGCUCAGCAGAAGCCAGCAUGGAGGAGAAGAGCUUUGCCAGUGACAAGACAGCCGAGUCCAUCGUGGAGGAGGACGAUGAGGUGUUCACAACGUCCCGCACUACAGAGGAUCUCUUCACAGUGAUCCACAGGUCAAAGAGGAAGGUCUUGGGGCGGAAAGAGCCUGGUGACACCUUCAGCAGCCGACCCACCUCCCACUCACCUGUAAAGACUUCAGGUUCCCCAGCUGGUGAGUCUUCGGCAGCAACGGGCAGCAGUGGGAAGUCUUCCAGCAGGAAUGAGGAUUUUAAAGCCCUGCUCCAGAAGAAGAGCAGCAAAACAAGCCCCGGUACACGGCCAUCUGCCGCUGAACUGCUCAAGACCACAAACCCGCUGGCCCGGAGGGUCAUCACAGAGUUUGCCCCUGAGCUGGACGGUGCAAACAGCCCCAAAAGCCAGCCCUGACCACACAGGGACUCCUCCAGAUGGAGGGGUGGCGAUGGCUGCAGAGGGAGCGCUGCUGCAAAGGGCUGUCCUGGAUGCUGGGGAGCCCCUGUAUCCUGCUGGGGGGUUCUUCUGCUUUUGUUCCUUACUUGGAGAGCUGCUGGCAGAGAGGCAGUGGCUGGAGCCCAAGCUCUCAUGACUCUGGGCGCUUCCCACAAGGGAAGUGGCUGGAACUGGCCCUGGCUGAGCCAGCUCCUGGGAUUGAAGGCACCUGCCCAGGAAGCAGAACAGGAUCACAGUCCCUGGUGUUGCCCCAUGCCCGCAGCAAAGCAGCUUGAGACUCUUUGGUCCCUUCGGCAUGUGGUACUUUAAACAGAUUUUCUAAUGCACA